AUGGAAAAUAAAGUGAGGAUGGUCUCUUCGGACAACAAAGAGUUUCUUCUCGACUAUGACGUAGCGGUCCAAAGCCAGACGCUCAGAACGUUUUUUGGUCGGCCAGAAAUGUUCCUAGAGUCCACUUCCAGAAAGGUUAGGCUCCCGAUAAGAGCACGGCACCUGAAGAGGAUUGUUGAGUUUCUGGAGUUUAAGCAUCAUUCGGAUCCAGAUAAGGAACCCGAGGAGUUCAGGAUCGGUGACGAGGAGGCCCUGGAACUGCUGGAUAUCGCCGUAUAUCUCAAGAUCUAA